AUGAACGAAACCAAAAAGGAUCAAACAAUGGAUGGAUUUCUGACUGAAGUUGAAAGUAAAGAAAUUCGUGAUUGUACUCAAAUGGUAUCUCAAGAGUAUCGAUCUGAGGAAUUUGUUUCAUUAGAUAAAAUUAUUCCCAUUUUAAGAGAUCCAAUGGCAGAUACAGGAGAUUUAAAUGUUCGAUUAGUAGCAGCAGAAAAAGCUAUGGGAAUUGUAGUACAUAAAUAUUUUUCAGGAUUUAAUAAAACAAUACACAAUUAUUCACAAAUUAAAACACGAAUGGAUCAAAUAAAUGAAAAUAUCAAAGAAAUGAAGAAAGGAUUAGUUGAAAGUCGUAAUAAAAUAAUAACAACAGAAAAUGAAGAAACAGCUAAAAGGUCAGAAGAAAUUGCAGAAGUAUAUAAAGAUAGAUUAGAACAAGGAUAUGUAUUAGAAUAUAUUAAAACUAUUAAAUGGUUAUUACAAGUACCACAAGAAAUUAAAGAAUAUAUUUCUCAAAAUUAUUAUCUUCAUGCUAUUCUUCUUAUUAAUAGAGCAUGUAAUGCUAGUAAAUCACCAGCUAUUCAAAAAGUUGUUGAUUUAAAAAAAACAUUAGAUGAUAUGGAAAGGUUUCGUGAACAAUUUGCAUAUAUUAUGAAAAAUAAUUUAGAAAAUUUAUGUAUGAAAUAUGCAAUGGGAAUAACAAGUACUUCAAUGACAGCAGCAGAAAUUGAAUAUGCAAAACAUCAACAAGUAAAUCAAUAUCCUCAUAGAUAUACAAAUUAUGAAAUUGAUACUGAAAUGUGUACACAAGAAAAUUUAGCAUUAAAACCAGAUUAUGAUUAUAAUGAACAAAUGUAUUCAUUAGCUAAUGCUUCAUGUGUUUUAGGUGAUAAAAUUUCAGAACAAAUUGCGUUUGCUGUUUUAGAAGGAACUGUUAAUAAAUUAUCUUUUGUAUUUGGUCUUCAUAGAUUAUCUCUUGAUAAAAAAGUACCUGAAGAAGUUUCUUUUAUUGAUUCAUCAACAUUUCAAAAGAUUAAAGGAAAAACUCAACAUUUAUCAUCAGUAGAUAGAUUUGAUAUGUGUUUAAAAGUUGUUUUUAGAUUAAUUUGUGUUCAUGUUGCACUUUGUUCAAAAAUGGAAGAGUUCAAAAGAACUAAAAUGCCAGAAUAUAGUAAAAGUAUUUCUCUUGAUGAAAUUAAUAUUUCAUUUGCUACAUCAGCUGUAUCUAAAUUAAAAGAAUCAAAUGCUGCAAUAAAAAGAUCAGGAUGGGGAAGAAAGUUAAAAGCUAUUCAAUCUAAAGCAGAACAAGAAUUAAAGGAAAGAGUGGAAAAAGCAGAAUCAGUUGAACUAACAAAAGUUGACGAAAAUAAAGGUUUUGUUAACAGUUGUUUAGAACUUGCUUGGUCACAAAUCCAAACUUUUCUAAUAAAAGUUUUAAAUAACAGAAUAUUUGAAUCAGAACAUUCUAAACAAAAAGAGGAUGAAGGAGAACUGUUUUCGUUUGCUAAUUGCGAUAUUGGUGGUGAAAAAGAAGAAAAUCAAAACGAAAAAUAUAGACUAGCAAAGAAAACUCUCACUAAAGAAAAUAUCAAAAAACUUAUCUUUUCUUUAGAGUCUUUCAUUAAAGAUGUAAGUAAAACUUGUCAAUUUGAACCUGAUAAAUUUAAUCCAUUAAGAAAUAUUAUCUCGAUGAAGAAAGAUGAUUUGGCACAUAAUUUAUUUGAUGACUAA